AUGGCUUCAUUAUUACCUCUUGCUACUUAUAACCUUGCCCUUAAACCAUUCUCACCAGCCCCAGCUAUUGAGGAUGACUUUCCAGUCACAAUUAGAAUAACUUUGGCCGCUGUCGACCCAGAAGCUUCUGACGAUAAGGCCGAGCCUUCUACUUUGAGAUUGUUGAAGAGAAGCAAUGCAUUCAUUGACGACGAAAGCGACGAUGAAGAUGACGAUGACGAAGAAGAUGAAUUAGAUGAUGAAGAAGCUGAAGCCGCUGCCACUGCUGAAGAUGACGAAGAAGAAGAUCUCGAUGACGAUCUCGAUGAAGAAGAAGACCUCGAUGACGAAGAUGGAGAAGUCUCUGAAUUUGUUGUCUGUACUCUUUCUCCAAAGGUCCAAUUCCAACAAACCAUUGACAUCACUAUCAACCCAGAAGAAGAAGUCUACUUUGUCGUUACUGGUUCUUACCCAAUUCACCUUUCUGGUAACUACGUUGAACACCCUGCUGAUGACGAAGACUCCGACUCUGACGAAGAAGACUACCUUGAAGAUGAUGAAGAUGAAUAUGACAUGACUCCAGAUGAAGAUGAACUCAUCUACGAUCUCGAAGAUCUUGAAGACGCCUCUGAUAUUGAAAACAAGAUUGAAGAAUUAGUCGAACAAGAUUCUAAGAAGAGAUCUGCUGCUGAAGAGGAUGUUGAAGAAGAUGAAGAAGAAGAAGAGGAAGAAGCUGCUCCAGUUACCAAGAAGUCCAAGAAGGCCAAGUCUGACGACAAAAAAUCUGUUCAAUUCACCAAGGAAUUAGAACAAGGCCCAACUGGCUCCACUCUUGUUGAAAAGAAGGAAACUAAGAAGGAAAAGAAGGAAAGAGCCAAGAAAGAAGCCGCCGCUGCUGUUGCUAAGGAAACCGCCGAAUCUGGUGAACCAAAGGACAAGAAGUACCCAACCAAGACUUUACUUGGUGGUGUCAUUGCCGAAGAUAGAAAGCUCGGUAAGGGUCCACAAGCCAAGUCUGGUAACAAGGUUGGUAUCAGAUACAUUGGUAAGCUCAAAAAUGGUAAGGUCUUUGACAAGAACACUUCUGGUAAGCCAUUCUCUUUCGGUUUAGGUAAGGGUGAAUGUAUCAAGGGAUUUGACUUGGGUGUCGCUGGUAUGGCCGUAGGAGGAGAAAGAAGAGUUGUUAUCCCAGCCAAGAUGGGAUACGGCUCUCAAUCUUUACCAGGUAUCCCAGCUAACUCCGAAUUGACUUUCGAUAUCAAGUUGGUUUCUAUCAAAUAA